AUGGAUUCGAAACCAAAGGAAAAAGCGAAAACCGAAACUUUAUCAAAAAAAUCAGUGGAGAAUGUGACAAAAAAGAAAAGUGGAUCUGGAAAAGGGACCAUAAAAACUGGCACUGAAACGCCGCUAACAACAAAAACAAGCUCGAAUACUGCGGGAACUGCAACACCUCAACAACCCACAAAAACCGCGUCGAAAACUGAACCAACAGCGCCGCCCAAAAUGUCCAAGAAACCAUCGAAACAGCGAAUUAUAAAACGACAAUUUGGGAUAAAUGACGACACAAUGGCUUGUAAUAGUUCGUUUAAUGAUGAAAAUAAUACAAAUGAAGAAGAAUCCUCUUAUUCGAAUAAAGAAGGAGAUCCGCAGUCAUCGACAAAUUCAAAACAUCGUGUAAAAUGUCGACAACUUCGAACAAUCGACCUGUUUUUGAGCUAUAUUUCAACGCGUUUUCCGCAUUUUUCUCAAACUUUUUUGCCAUUUUUCCUGCUCAAUUUUCUCGCGGAUUUUGUCAUUGAACACUUGGAUAUUUUCGAUCAAUUAUUUGAGUUCAAAACGAAAACAUAUAAGAAAAUGCUGAAACCUUUCUAUAAACAUCCAACUGUUCAAGGCAAUUAUUUGAUGGAUAUUGCGAAUGUUAGUGAUUUUUCGGGAAUGGCGAUGCCUUAUAUUGAUAUGGCUAUUACUACGGCUGCGAUUUGUUCGAUUUUCUUGUUUGGGUGAGUUUGGGAUGAAAUUUUGGGGCCUAAAAGGCAAUUUUAAGCCCGAAACUUGGAAGAACUUUUCUGGUGGCCUAGAAACCCAAAUUCUGGCUCAGAAACACAAAAAACAAAGUCUUGGUGGCCUAGAAAACCAAUUUUUAUAAUUUCUGAAAAUUUUUAUAUCACUUUCGCCUUGUUUCGAGUUUCUAGGUCAUAAAAAUUGUGUUUUGGGUUUUCUAGGCCACCAGAGACAUGCUUUUGGUUUUCUAGGCCAUCAAACACAAAUUAUUUUUUGAAAUUUCUAGGUCACCAAACUCUUAUCCUGGGUUUCUAGGCCAUCAGAGAUGGAAACAUGGGUCACUAGGUCAUAAGAACUGUAAAUUUGGUUUUCUAGGCCACCAAAACCUCAUAUUGGCUUUCUAGGCCAUCGAAACUGUAAAUUCGGCUUUCUAGGCCAUCUGAACCAUCCCUUUCGGUUCCUAGGCCAUCAGAGAAAUAAUACUGGGUUUCUAGGCCAUCAAACACAAUUUUUGAAAUUUCUAGGCCAUCAAAACUGUAAAUUUGGUUUUCUAGGCCACCAAAACCUCAUCUCGGGUUUCUAGGCCAUCGAAAUUUGUUUUCUAGGCCAUCAAACACAAUUUUGAAAUUUUCUAGGCCUUCAAAACUGUAAAUUUGGUUUCUAGGCCACCAAAACCUCAUAUCGGGUUUCUAGGUCAUCCAAAUUGGUUUUCUAGGCCAUUAAACACAAUUUUCAAGAUUUCUAGGCCACCAAAACCUCAUAUUGGGUUUCUAGGCCACCAAAACCUCAUAUUGGGUUUCUAGGCCAUCAGAGACGUACACCUGGGUUUCUAGGCUAUCCAAAUUGGUUUUCUUGUCCAUCAAACACAAUUUUUGAAAUUUCUAGGCCACCAAACUCUUAUCCUGAGUUUUCAGGUCAUCAAAACCUCAUCUUUGGUUUCUAGGCCAUCAAAACCUCAUAUUGGGUUUCUAGGCCACCAUACCUAGUUUUUCUAGGCCAUCAUCCACCAAUACCCAAUUUUUUCCAGAAUUCGAACAAAACGAAUAAUAAUCUGGACAUGUUCCCUCGUUUCCCUCUCAUUUUUCGCCGCUCCCCACUUAACCGAACUCCGCUACAUUUGUCUUUUCAUCGUCCAAAUCUGCAUAAUAAUCUAUAUCCCAGCCUCUCAAGUUUUAGUCAUGGAAUCACUUCCAAAAUAUCAUCGAGUCAUUUAUUAUGUGCUUUUUCGAAUGAGUGCUGAUUUAGCACAAGUUGCCGCCUCAUUGAUUCUUGUACUUAGCGGAAAUCACGGUGUGAUGAAUUAUGAUUAUUUUUAUCAUGUUGCUGCCAGUGUUACUUUAUUGAUCACUUAUUAUGGCUACUUGUAAGUUGAAGAUCUUCUUGAAAGAUUUUACCUGAAAUUAAUUGAUUUCAGCCACAUCCAUGAUACUUUAUUCAAUUUAUUGACUGUUGGAAAAUUUUUCCGCCUCGAAAAAGGAAUCAAAAGAUAUAUCAAGUUAUCAAAAAUGGAUCUACCAGCUUCAACAAUUGUUGAUAGUAUUGCUUUCGAGAAUUUUGAAUCAUCCGAUUCCUAUAUCGAAGUUAUCCUAAGAUUGUUGAGAAAUCGCAAAAUAAUGUUUGAAAUCGGCUUGAAUUCGGUGCUUUUUGGAAAUUUGGAUCGAAUUUCGUUGGCUUUGGUCAAUGAAUUGAAAAAUCGCGGAGAAAUUUCGUUUUUUGACAAGAUUUUGGUGAAACCCGCGUCGAAUACGGUCACUACGAUUUAUAUGUUGGCUUUUGCGUUGUGAGUUUUAGGGGGAGGGAUUUGCAAGUGCGCUCUACUGAGAAAUUUGAAAAAAUAGCAAACAUCUCAGCACUUGACUCUGUAGACUGACUGUACAAAUUUCGUUGAUACUUUGUACGAAAACGGGGAAGAGAGAAUUGCACAUAAGUAACAUCCGUUUAUCUACAAAGUAGCUACAGAACAGCAACGGCGUAGCUACGGAUUCAAAAACAAUAUAGAGCGGUCACUUCACUUCAUUUCUGUCCGCGAAUUGUGUAGCUACAGCGGAGAUACGCUGUACCUACGUUUUCAUCUCUGAUUGUGUGAUGCUUGGCAGCUCUCGUCAAAAUUUCAGGUGUGCGUAACAACGAUUUAUCAUCUGCGUAGCUACGAAUUUGAUGUUUUUCGUAGCUACGCUGUAGAUAAAAUGAACCUACGAUUUUCGGGAAAAAAGUGUAGGUACAGCGUUCAUUCGCUGUAUUCACACUUCUUCAAUUUGUACAGUCAGUCUACAGAGUCAAGUGCUGAGAUGCUCUAGCGAAAAAUUCAACGUUUAUCGCUGGAGCGUAUUUGUUUACGUGAAUUUGAAAUUUGAAUUUUUCUUGGCCACGCCCACAAAAAAUACAAUACAUUUUUGUUGAAAGUUGAAAAAACGCUCUAGCGAACAUUUUUGAAUAUUUUCAAAAAUUCAAAUUUGUUCGUUGGAGCGUAUUUUCAUGCGUAACUUUUUCCCAAUUACAAAAAUUUCAUUUUCAAAAAAAAGCGGAAAAUUCGCUCCAGUGAACAAUUUCUACAAAUUAUGAAAAAUUUAAUUUUUUUUCAUUAGAGCUUUUUUACGCGUAUCAAAUGUGUGCGAGAGUUGCAAAAAAUUCUAGGCCACGCCCCCAAAUUGCAACCACCGCACACACUUUCACUUUCCAUCCAAAAACCUCCCAUAUUUUCCAGCCUCCUCCCAAAAGUCCGUGUAUUUCCUGCAUAUUUGGCCGCCAUUCUAAUGUUCAUAUUUUAUGAAUUAUCGAUUUUCUUUCUACCAUCUUUCGACUCGAAAAAUCGAGUUUGUGAAACGUUUACAAAAAUCGAGUGGAGUUCAAUUAUUCUCAUUUGUCUAACAAUUUCAAUGAGCCAAAUAAUUCGAUUUUAUGCACAAAUUCGAUUGAUCGAAAUGACACCGAGUAUUGCAAGAGUUCCUGUUCUUUGUAUCACACGAGCCAUUCAAUAUAUUUUUGUUGGAGCUGCGAUUGAGGUGAAAGCUGCGUAUUCUGGAGGAUCGUUGGGUUUCGAACUGUGCGCUGUUCCAUUCUUGAUCUUCCUUAUGACACCCACUAAAAAAUUGGAAAUGGCUGUCUAUUUUUCGGAACAUAAAAAGAAUGAAAAUGCGGAGAAAAGAGCACCGACUGCACCAAAUGUUAAAUGA